AGAUUCGCAAAACAUUCCCAAAUUCCCCAACAGAGAAAAACACCUCUCUCUAAAAUGGCAUUCUUCGUUCGUUCAUUUUUCUUCUUCACUUUCUUUCUCCUAUGCUUUUCCUCCGCCGCCAAGCACCGCCACCACUGGGUCGGACCCACCGGCCACCGCCUGAUCAAAGUGAACGUUAACGGUGGCUCCGAUGUGUUUCUGUCAGUGCAAGCCGCCGUGGAUGCAGUUCCCGAUUACAAUACCGUCAACACCGUCAUCCGAAUUAGCCCUGGAUAUUACGUGGAGAAGGUGGUGGUGCCGGCGACGAAGCCGUACAUAACAUUUGAAGGAGGAGGGAAAGAGACGACGGUGAUAGAGUGGCACGACCGGGCAGGUGACCGUGGUCCCAGCGGGCAGCAGCUGCGUACUUACAGAACAGCCUCUGUUACCGUUUUUGCUAAUUACUUCUCUGCCCGAAACAUCAGCUUCAAGAAUACGGCACCGGCGCCGAUGCCCGGAAUGCAAGGGUGGCAAGCGGCGGCGUUUCGAAUCUCCGGCGACAAAGCCUACUUUUCCGGCUGCGGAUUCUACGGCGCACAAGAUACGCUUUGCGACGACGCCGGCCGCCAUUACUUCAAAGAAUGCUACAUUGAAGGCUCCAUAGACUUCAUCUUUGGAAAUGGCCGAUCCAUGUAUAAGGAUUGUGAGCUACACUCAAUCGCCACCCGAUUCGGUUCCAUAGCGGCACAAGAUAGAAACUCGCCGUACGAGAAGACCGGGUUCGCUUUCGUCCGGUGCAAGGUGACCGGUUCAGGACCCGUGUACGUGGGCCGGGCCAUGGGCCAGUACUCCAGAAUCGUCUACGCAUAUACUUACUUUGAUGACGUGGUGGCCCACGGUGGAUGGGAUGACUGGGACCACGUCAGCAACAAAAACAAGACUGUAUUUUUUUGAGUAUACAAGUGCUGGGGCCAGGGCAAGUAAAGUGGAAGGAGAUUCGGGCCAGGGAGUUGGAGUUUGAAGAGGCCCAUCCAUUUCUUGCUAAGAGCUUUGUGAAUGGCAGACACUGGAUUGCACCAUCUGAUGCUUAGUUAUUUACAUGCAAUAUAUUUACUUCAUACUAUAUAUUUUUACUCAUUUCCAAAUAUUUAUAUUACAUUCAUUCAAUUUCUACUCCACAAUAAUACUCUUGUAAUAUGCUAUUUAAUUUUUAUUAUUU